AGCAAAUCAGUCAGGACAGGUACACUAGGAUUUUCUCUGCUCGUCGGCAAGACAUCCAGACAAUAGAAGACAUGGUGGCUGUGCAGAAAUCUUGGACCACCCUGAUUGUUCUUGCUGUGUGUGUGCUGGUGUGCAUAGGGACCCUUGUAGAGGCCUACCCUCUGAAACCUGAGUUCCCAGGAGAAAAUGCACCUCCUGAAGAAAUGGCGAAGUACUACUCUGCUCUCAGAUAUUACCUCAAUCUCAUCACACGACAGAGAUAUGGGAAGAGAUAAUCCAGAAGCUUUGUCAGAUUCCCCUUUUGAUGAAAGCAGAGAUCAUGUUGGGAAGUCAAGAUACUAUGAUUCCUUGAUGUGGUGAUUUCAUCCUCAUUGUACCUUUUGUGUUUAUGCAUUUUAAUUAUGGUGCGGAAGGACCUGACCUCUAAAGAAUUAUGACAAGACUACACCAAACCAAAAGGAUCACUGCAUGCAAACCUUUUUCAUGCAUUGAGAAACCAUUGAAGCUUUUUUGUGGCAGGCAAUUGUACAUAAUUUAUUGUUAAAAUAAUAUAUGGCAAUCAAGAAA